AAUAUUUUUUGGUUACCCUUUUAAUCAUUGAAAAUACACAGCUAUUUUAUCCAUAACAUACAGAAAACAUAAUACAUAUCGACUAUAAAAGUUUUUUCGAGUAAUAUUUUACAACAGCAAUAAAAAAAUCUUGUAGGUACCGAAGGUUAGAACCAGAAGCAUUAAUUAAUCUAAGUGAGCACUUUUUGUACCCCCAGAAGUCUACUUUGAAACAAAACUAGCACUCGUUUUGGGCUUUUACAUCAUUUUAACAACAAUAAUGCCUAAAAUAUGACACAAUCAAAUAGUCAUCAUCUGUGAAUGUGUAAUAGUAUCAAUGACGUAUGUUCUUGUCAUAAAUCCAUGUAUCCAAGUUCGGGGAAAUGAAAAAAAAAGUAAAAUCAAGUUUCGUAGGAUUGCAGUGCGAGUACAUAUUUUCGUCAAAAAUUGUGAUUUAAUUAUUAGAAAUUUGCAUACUACAUUAUAAAAAACAUAAUUUUUAUAUAAUGGGGGACGGACAAAGUGAAACCAAACCAUUACUUAGAGAUGAGGAGGUAAAUGUCAGCACAAUAUCUCCAAUUGGACCUGACGAGCUUCCUCCGCCGUACCAGCAAGCAGGAAUGCCGAUGGUAACAUGUCGCGUGUGCCAGGCUAUGAUCGACAUAUCAGGGAAGAGAGAACAGCAUGUUGUCAAAUGUUCAGAAUGCAAUGAAGCCACGCCUAUUAGGAAUGCACCACCAGGCAAGAAAUAUGUGCGCUGUCCUUGCAACUGCUUGUUAAUUUGCAAGUCAUCGUCACAGCGCAUUGCAUGCCCUCGUGCAGACUGCAAGAGGAUCAUCAACUUGGCACCAUCUCCUGUAACUCCUCCUGUUGCUACCUUGCCAGGAAUGUGCAGGGUUAUCUGUGCUCACUGUCAAGACACGUUUCUGUAUCAACUGCUGAAAGACGCUCCUGUGCGAUGUCCUCACUGCCGUAAGGUGUCGUCGGUGGGCGCGCGCGUGGCUCGCAAGCGCGGAGCCAUAUUCGCGGUGCUGUCGCUGGUGUUUCUCGCUAUCGCACUCGGCGUCACGCUGGGUACGCUCUCUGCUGCUAAGAGCCACGGAGGUGGCAUAUAUGUGGCGUAUGUUGGCGGCUUCCUCCUCGCUCUAAUCCUGGGCAGUCGAGCUGUCUACUACUUUGCUAUGAAAGUGAGUACUAUUGAAGGCCCUAUGUAAGUCGUCAAGUCACUUAAUUUUGUGAUAAAAUUUGUAUGACUCGAAAGUAUAUUAUAUAGAAAAUUCUCAAUUCCAUAUAGCAUUGUUAUAAGAGCUUGGUUUGCCAAGUAUAUUUAAAACAUCUCAAUGUAGAGCAGAGUUUGUUCUAAUUGAUGAUUUGCUGAUGUUGAUAUUAUGUUUGAUGUACCUAAAAUAAUCUUGAAAAUUGUAUAAUGAAAUCGAAUAAAGUAUAGGUAGGUUAUGCUCUAUUCUUGUAACAGUGGACAAUGUCUUUGUAUAUACAUAUAUAAUUUAUCUUAUCAGGGACAUAUUUGACAAACAGUGUGUUAUCUGGGAUUCUAUGUCAACUCUUCGUCAUCACUUCCCAAAUACUUGGGUAAUAUUGCUGGAAUAAAUAAACCUUACUCUGCUACGGAAUCUCAAAGUUCAUAGUUUCAGACCUGUCAGGUAUGAACAGUUCUUUUGACAAUUGCUUUUCAGUGUAUGGCAAUCAUUGUUUAUAUCCACAGUCAUGAGAUUAUUCUAAUUUUUAUUUAGUUUAUGUUCAAAAUUUAAAAAGGGUAUUAUUUAUACAGGGUGAUAAUAUUUCGCCUUCUAGGUUUAUUAUUUUGCAGAUUCUUUAUAAUUGAUAUGAUCGCAAUUUUCAGCUUACAAUACACAUACAUGUAGCAAAUUGUAAAUAUUGUAUUUCGAAAACAUUCGACUUAUAGUAUACUUUAGAAAUAUGUCAGUAUUUACAUGUUCUAAUAGGUAAAUAAUCAAUCACAAUAUAGCUGAAAUACUGCAGGUAAUGCCUUGACUGUUUAUGUAACAUAGUUCAAGACUUGGUCUGUAGUUAACUUGUCACAAUAAUAAGUUAAAAUAUUCUCUAACUUUACACUAAAUUAUUGUCUUUGUAUAAAAUUAAAUGAAGUAAGUGAUGUACCUAAAAUAAAGGUCAUGAGUCAAAGAAACUCGUUUACGACAUUUCCAUACGUACUCAUUUAAAUGAGAAAAGAUUUAAGAUCGUUAGUGACUCAAGGCUUUGUACGACAUUAAAAGUGUGUCAUAUAAACUAAAUAAAUAUUAUACUGUUGCCUACCUUAUAAUAUUGUAGACUGACUUCAUUGAUAUAUAAAUUAAUAAUUCUAAAUACUAAAUAGAUAUCGAGUAUUGUCGUCACUCAUUCAUUAUUCCUUACUGUCAUUCCUUUGUGAUGACGCAAGCCUGAAUCUACCUGAGUAGUUCGUGGAUCUCUACGAUCUCAUUCCAAAGAUAAGAAGCACGAACAUAUUGAGGUCAAUAAAGGCAAACUAAUUAAAAAAAAUCAAUCUUCAAUAAUUGGUGCUGAAUUUUAUGAGUGGCGCGAUUAUAAGCCUUACAUUUGCUACAGCACUCCCCUUGUUUAUACAUAAUGUGUGCUUCAAAUGGAAAUGAAAGUAAAUAAAGAUUGUAGUGUAAGUGAUUACAGCGACUACUCUAUUCUUUGUUCUUAUUUUAAGAUGUUACAACAAUAUAACCACAUUCACCACACAACCAAAUUAAAAAAAUACAAUGUCUUAUUAAUUCAUCAGGCGUGGUUAAUACUGAUCAGUACAGAAUAAAUCAACAAUUAUUGUACCUACUGUUUAGAUUACUUAUAUAACAAGUUCGUGAUUUUAAGGACAAAAAAUUUAGAUAACAAGUUAGCUACGCUUGUAUAUUGCUUGUGUUGAAUGUUAUAUUUGUGUGGUAACGUGUUUAUAUUUUUGGGUAAAUUAAUAAAACGUUAAUUCAACGCGAUGAACAGGAAAGUCGGGUAAUCGUUUACAAAGUGUAAUAUGACGUGCACAAGUAUCUGUAUCUAUUGUUUAAAGUUUUGCAUUCUAUUCUUUGUUUUGUUAUAUUUUAUUUAAACGUAUAUUAUAUGGAAGGUAGUGUGGGCUAGCAGUCAAUGUUUGUGUUAUUAAUAAUAUAUUGUAUAGACUAAUUAUAAUAAUGGAACAUUA